AUGCCCGAAGAAACCCUCCUCUCUGAGCUCUGCACCGCUUAUCACACGCGCUCCCAGCUGCAAGAUCCGGCCUCGUUCGAUCGCGACUUUAAUUUCAUCACGGGCAUCGAGCGCGGUCUCGAGCGUGCCGAGCGCGAAGCUGAUAGGAGAGGCAUACAGUUGGAGCAUGAGUAUAUGCUUGAUGCGAACAACCAGAAAGCUUCUUCUUCUACUUCUUCAAGAAACAAAAGGAAGAGAGGGGGUGUUGGUGCCGCGACACUGGUUAGGGGCGAAUUGGCGUUUGUGCGCGCCGCGGAGGCGGCUGGUGUGAAGCUCGCGAGGGCUCCGAGGGGCCUGUCGAGGCAGAAGGCGAAUCGCUCGAGGGUUCAUCCUAAACACAAGUGUCUAAACUGGAGCGUGGAAUGGAUCCUCGCUUCCAACCCCGGCCAGACGCUCAUCAGGCCCUGCUUGGAAACCACCCCGUUGCGCGAAGCGUACGAUCGCGUAUUUCCGAGACCAAAAGAGGAUGCUACUGCUACUGCUACUGCUACUGUCGUAGAUGAUGUUUUGUCCUAUCGGAGUGCCUAUUUCUAUCUCCACCGGCAACGGGCAGCUGCAAGUCACCGCCGCACCGUUCUGGUUGGCCCGUUGAGUCCCACGGCGACGCUGCGUGAGGUGCUUCGCGGGCGGAGCGUGGUUGAGUUUCCGACUUUGUAUGUCUUGCCGGAUGUGCUCAAGGAAGGGGAUACGGAAAAUGCGCGCUUUGUGCUGGAGGAGGUGUAUUUAAGGGAGCAUCCGGGUGAUGUUGAUGUUGAGGGAGAGGAAGAAGAUGAAGAGGAGGAUUAUACGAGUAGUGAGGGAUCGUCGAGUGAUGAGACUAGUGACGAUGAUGAUGAUGACGAGGAAGAGGAAGAAGCUGAGGUUGAAAAAGAAAAGGUUGAGGAGGAGGGACUACCACCCUCGUUAUAG